GCAGCGCAGGGCUGAGCUCUAUAUAAGCCUGAGAGGAAUAGUGAAUAGAUGGAAGAUCUGCCCUGUCAGUUGGGGUAACACCCUGGCACUUCUGCCCUUGGCACUGACUCCCCACACUGGGCAGUGGGAGGCACAGCAUAAAGGAAGGGAUGCAAUUUUCUUUUUAAUUGGAAAUAAGUCUUAAACCUAUUGCUCUAUUGGCUUUACUUGCCCUUGCUUGGAUAUACGGCAGGAGGGCUGCACUGCCCCGGGAGAAAUAUGAAGGUCGCGGAGCUGCUGGUCCCCCUAACUAAGUUCUGAUGCCACGGCAGAGGGAUGGCAGGAAACAGCAGUUACCGGGAGGAGAGCGGUUACAUCCCCCAUUAUGAGAGAGACUCCGACCCCUUUGCCUCCAAACUCUCCAGAGAAGCUGAUAUCUUUGCUGGGGUUUAUCUAAUGGCCAUAGGUAUCCUGUCGACGCUAGGGAAUGGCUACGUUAUAUAUAUGGCUUGCAGCAGGAAAAAGAAACUGCGCCCGGCUGAGAUAAUGACAAUCAAUUUGGCUGUGUGUGAUCUGGGGAUCUCAGUAACAGGAAAGCCCUUUGCCAUCGUGUCCUGCUUCAGUCACCGCUGGGUGUUUGGCUGGAACGCUUGCCGCUGGUACGGAUGGGCUGGAUUUUUCUUUGGCUGCGGAAGCCUCAUUACCCUGACAGUAGUGAGCCUGGACAGGUACCUGAAGAUCUGCCAUCUGCGAUACGGCACUUGGCUGAAGCGACGCCACGCUUUCAUUGCCUUGGCAGUUAUCUGGGCCUAUGCUACCCUGUGGGCUACCUUGCCAUUGGUCGGGGUGGGAAAUUACGCUCCGGAACCCUUUGGCACCACGUGUACUUUGGACUGGUGGUUGGCACAGGCCUCUGUUAAAGGGCAGAUAUUUGUCCUGUCCAUGCUGUUCUUCUGCCUCUUGUUUCCCACCAUGGUGAUUGUCUUCUCCUACGCGAAGAUCAUCGCCAAAGUCAAGUCUUCGGCCAAAGAAGUCGCUCACUUCGACACCAGGAACCAAAAUAACCACACGCUGGAAAUAAAACUGACAAAGGUGGCAAUGUUGAUCUGUGCAGGUUUCCUCAUUGCGUGGUUUCCAUACGCGGUGGUGUCCGUAUGGUCGGCAUUUGGGCAGCCGGACUCUAUUCCGAUUGAACUUUCCGUGGUGCCCACCAUGAUGGCAAAAUCGGCGUCUAUGUAUAAUCCCAUCAUUUAUCAAGUCAUUGACUGCAAACCUGCUUGCUGCAAAAAGGACAAGUCGUUGCAGAAUACGACUUCUAGGGUCUAUACAAUAAGCACCUUCAGGAAGUCGACAACCUCAGCUCGGUGAGAAUCCGCGGAAGGGGUGGAACGAAGCACAAUUAUUGUAUAUAUGGAAUCCCGACCGAUCACUCAGCACCAAGAGAAAAUGUGUAUAUUAGAGAAAUGUUUAUUUUCCUAUGUUUGUAUGAGAUAAAAUGAAAGUGUUAUCAUAGCAACCCCUUAUUUAUAAUUUGUUCCUUGGACCCAAUAAACGUGCACUUAGUUUUCCAGUCCAUAUAAAUGAGCAGAUCCAACUGUAUUGUAGGGUUUGUUAGGUCUCCUGGAGCUGGGUGAGAUAAGGCAAUGAUGAUCUUAAGGGUGAAGACACACAGAGCUACUAGAAGCAGCUACUAAAAUAGACAAUGCUGAUCAUU